AUGCAGAACCGAACUAAAGUCCGUCGCCGCGUCCUGGCCUGUGCCCGCUGCCGGAAGCGUAAACUCUCGUGCGAUGGCAAAGUUCCUGCCUGCACUCGCUGUGUUGAUGCCAGCGUCCAAUGUGUUGGCUUCGACUCUUCAACUCAACAAGAAGCUCCGCGAUCCAUUGCAGAUUUCUUGGAAGCGCACAUUGUUCGGCUAGAGGGCCAGACCAGCACGCCGUCGACGCUGCCAUCGUUGGGACAGUCAAGUGCCACUCUGUCAUCCCCAGCAGAUUCUCAUACACCCGACUCCAGACCGGGCCAGUGGCGUGCAGAAAAAUGUGCCUUCGCCGAUAGCCUCGUCAACCAGGUCAUGGAAGACAUCACGCCUUCAUUCCUUGGUGUCUGCAAAGCCCGGCCGUUCUUGCAGUGCGUCAUCAAAGGCACCAGGCUGCCUUCGAAAAAGGGACCCGUUCUGUCAAAUGAUUUGAACGAAAACCACCCUAGAUCUAUUUUGAAUCCCCAACAAACUAGGGGCCUCUUCUACGACCUCAUGCCUGAUGAGGUUGGUGCCAACAAACUACUCCAAAAUUAUCUAGAUCGCGUCAUUACGCAAUACCCCAUAUAUCAUCGCAACGAUGUGACAACGGCCUUCAACUCUAUAUAUCAUAAAAAGGCGGCAACUCCCAACGAAGACUCUUUCCGGAAUCGCUACAUAGUCUGCAUUAUCAUGGCUAUCUCGCUAACUACAAGCGCGCGGAACAACGUGCAGAAGGCAAACGAUCUCGCCUACCAGCUGGUUCGACAUGCCAUGCAAUGGAUUCCAGAAGUUGCGACCAACGACAUUGCUGGACUACAGGCUAUAUUGCUUCUGACUCAGUAUAUCUUUCUGAAUCCUAAGAUGGCAGAUUUGUGGCUCAUGACAGGUCUCAUCAGCCAAGCAGUCAUCGACCUUGGACUUCACCAAGAGUUGCCGAAUGACGCCAAGGUUUCAGCCUAUCAGCGCGAUAUGCGACGACGUAUAUUCUGGUGCGCGUGGGAGAUGGAAGUUGGAGUCUGCUGCAUAUUCUUACGCCCUACAAGCCUCCCCGUCGGACGUAUAGAUGUCGCAUUUCCGUUGGAGAUCGAUGAUACCGCCAUUACACAGUCUAGUAUGUCGCCUACUGGACGGGUGUCAAAAUUUACGCAGCGUAUAAUCUGCCGCUUCCGUCUCAUUGAAGCUGAGAUCAUUUCUGUUCUAUGGCAUGGCGACCCGAUAUCUCAGGAAUACUCUUCGUUGGAGCAAUGGAUACAACACUGCAUCGAUAACAUGGCAGAUUGGCAACGAGACAUAUAUGCCGCUUCAGAGGCUAACAAGGAUCGCAGCUUGAACGCGCGAUGGACUGAGAUGCGCUUGUACUCGGAUAUCGCAUGCCCUUAUAUUUUAUCAUUGUUACAUCGGUCCUCCCAACGAAUACCAAAUCCAAGCAGGGAGAAGAUGAUGGUCGCCCUGGUCAAUGCUGUCAAGGUUGCCGAUGGCUAUUUCCAACAAUCAGAAGCAGAGGCUGGAAAGAUCAAAUAUGUCUUCCAUCCGUGCCAUCAUGUCUUUGAUUGCGCACUCAUAUUUCUGCAGGGGUUGCAGCGUUGCAAGAAAGAAGUUGCACAAAACUACUCGUGGCAACAAGUUGAAGAGUGGAUGCAUGUUUUCUCAAAGUGCUUUCUGUCCAUCUCUGAGCGAUGGGCAGCCGCAAAAAGGUGUUUUGAAGAAUACGAACGGCUGCUUCUCCCAGUCAAGAAAGAAUAUCUCGAGUUUCUGGAACAGAGAGCGAGCUAUCGGCCACCAACGCUCCAUCAGACAGUAUCUGAUACGAGCACUAUGUAUGAUUACCAAAUCCCGUCUUGCGUUUUCGCGGAAGGCGACGAAGCCUAUCAACUCUGGACGGUGUUCAAUCCCACCACCUCAAUCACUGAUACUCCAGACCCGCUUGGCGUCCUUUCAUACAAUCUGCCGCCUUCUGACUGGAAUGCGGAGUUUUCUUUGAACGAUAACAUGGACAUGAUACCGGAAAUGUAA